UUGUCUUUAUAAAGUAAUGUACUGAGUGUUGCAAUAAACUCUGGUUGUCUUUAUAAAAGAGGUGUGGACCAGGUAAUGUACUGAGUGUUGCAAUGAACUCUGGUUGUCUUUAUAAAAGAGGUGUGGACCAGGUAAUGUACUGAGUGUUGCAAUGAACUCUGGUUGUCUUUAUAAAAGAGGUGUGCAUCUUCGUGGGUCAGACAUCUUGCUCAGUCACUCAUACAGUAAACUAUACAAAAGUUUCCUUCAAAGGCAAACGGACAUCUAUCUCAACAAUGAUGUUCAGCUUGAUGCUGGUUCUGCUGGUCCCCGUGGCGGUACAGUCCUCUCUGCAUCCAGUGGACUGUAACGAGGUGUACCAAUCAGGUUCUGGACAGAAUGGGGUUUACACUAUUUAUCCUGCAGGAUCCACCUCACCUGUCCAGGUGUUCUGUGAGAUGUCGAUGGACAGUGCAUUUUCAGGAAAGUGGACGGUGAUUCAGAACAGACAGGAUGGAUCAGUGAACUUCCACAGGAAGUGGAAUGAGUACAAGAGUGGGUUUGGGAGCGCAGCUGGAGAGUACUGGCUGGGACUGGAGACGAUGCAUCUCCUGACUAUGAAAAAGACCUAUGAGCUGAGGGUGGACAUGGAGGACUUUGAGGGGAAUGAGGUCUAUGCUCAGUACUCCACCUUCUCUGUUGGACCAGAGGCUGAAGGGUACCCUCUAAAACUGGGUUCAUUCAAAGAUGGAGGAGCAGGAGAUUCUAUGACUCAUCACAGUGGUCAGAAAUUUACAACGUUAGAUAAGGAUCAGGACCUUAAUGACAGCAACUGUGGCCAGAUAUACUACGGUGGAUUUUGGUACAACAACUGCCAUUGGACUAAUCCCAAUGGGAUAUACGCGUGGGGGGAGUCUGCCUACGGUGUUGGCAUCAACUGGAGAACAUGGAAAGGCUUCACAUACUCCCUGAAAAGAAUGACCAUGAAGAUCAGACCAGCCACUGGAUAGAAGGGAAACACCUUAACUGUUAAUUAAGCAUCUCUAUUUUCUAACAACAUUUCUAAAUCAACAUUUUUAAUAACAAUGAUUGCCAUACAAAACAUUUGUCCACCACUUGCACACAUUACGUUUACCUGGGAGGGGGUGUCUUUAUUUCUGAGUAAAGUUUGUGUUUGGGUCUUCGGGGGGUAUCAGUGGGUGCUGCUUUGCCAUAGCAACAGAAACCUGACUGCAGUGGGGAUGAUGUGACUCCUACUCAUCCUCUAACUCUCUCUGUUUCCUACCCUAACCCACGGUCUGUUUCCUACCCUAACCCACAGUCUCUCUGUGUCAUACCCUAACCAACUGUCUGUUUCCUACCCUAACUCACUGUCUCUCUGUUUCAUACCCUAACCAACUGUCUGUUUCCUACCUUAACCCAUUGUCUGUCUGUUUCAUACCCUAACCAACUGUCUGUUUCCUACCCUAACUCACUGUCUAUCUGUUUCAUACCCUAACCCACUGUCUGUCUGUUUCAUACCCUAACCAACUGUCUGUUUCCUACCCUAACUCACUGUCUAUCUGUUUCAUACCCUAACCAACUGUCUGUUUCAUACCCUAACCCACGGUCUCUCUGUUUCCUACCCUAACCCACUGUCUGUCUGUUUCAUACCCUAACACACAGUCUCUCUGUUUCCUACCCUAACCCACUGUCUGUCUGUUUCAUACCCUAACCCACUGUCUGUCUGUUUCCUACCCUAACCGUCUGUUCCUACCCUAACCCACUGUCUGUUUCAUACCCUAACCAACUGUCUGUUUCCUACCCUAACCCACUGUCUGUUACCUACCCUAACUAACUCUCUGUUACCUACCCUAACCCACUGUCUGUUACCUACCCUAACCAACUCUCUGUUUCCUACCCUAACCAACUCUCUGUU